AUGGCCGUCGCCGCCUGGCUAGGAUUGCUGCCGCUAACGUCCUCCCUUGUGGUCCCGCACGAGCUGGCCCAGGAACCCUUGAAGGAUGCUUCUUCGUCUUCGCUGUUCCUCCAAAACAGCAUCUUUGGCAAGUCUCGCACAGCGAGGCCUCUGAACGUCCAGGACGAAUUUCACGCCCUGAAUGAUUUCAGCACGCCGUACAGUGGGAUUGCAACCUUUGCGCACCUCAACUGGACCAACUGCUUUGAUCCCGCCACGGAUGCAACAUUUGACAUUGGAAUUGUCGGGGCCCCUUUCGACUUGGGCGUGACAUAUCGCCCGGGUGAGCGCUUCGGGCCAUCGGCAGUCCGAUCCGGAUCACAGCGGUUGGAGCCCGGCUUUGCCUACAGUAUGGAUCAUGGGACCAACCCCUUUCGCAGUUGGGCCUCUGUGGUAGACUGUGGUGAUAUCGCCAAUACCCCAUUCGACAAGCUUGAGGCGCUCCAGCAACUCGAGGCCGGUUGGAAGUCAAUUGGAUCCCGGAAGCCUUUGAACUCGCAGAAGGCAGACCAUGUGAGACUCCUCUCAUUUGGCGGAGAUCAUACCAUCACACUGCCCGCGCUGCGAGCCCUGCAUCCCACCUGGGGUAAAGUGGCGAUUCUCCACUUCGACUCCCACCUGGAUACAUGGGACCCUAAACAGUUGGGCGGGGGCCUGACCAGAUACUCGGAGGUCACGCACGGUAGCAUGCUUCAUAUCGCCCACGAAGAAGGACUACUGGUUGAGACGGGCAACAUGCACCUCGGAUCCCGAUCGAUGUUGAUGGAUGAACACUAUGACCUCGACAACGAUGCUCGGUGUGGCUUUACGGCCAUUCGAGCCCGGCAGAUUGACCAAAUCGGUAUUGAUGGGAUUGUGAAACAGGUUUUGGACACGGUCGGUGCCAGCCUGGUCUAUGUCAGCAUCGACAUUGAUAGUCUCGACCCUGCAUUUGCCCCCGCCACCGGCACAAUCGAACCCGGUGGCUGGACCACCCGGGAACUUCUUGAGAUUCUGAACAGGCUGUCCAAGGCAAACCUCCCGAUCAUCGGAGCAGAUGUGGUCGAGUUUUCUCCUGUUUAUGACAACGCAGCGGAAACCACUGCCCUCACUAUCACACAGAUUGCCUAUGAGCUUCUGCAGUGGAUGGUGCGAGUGCCGGUGAGAGUCGCAGAAAAGACCGAAUUGUGAGGAAAUGUUCGACUGGAAGAAAACGCCGAAAGCGAG